AUGGACGAAGCUCGUGCUCUCUUUUUUGACAGCGUCCCUGUAGAGCGUGAGGAAGCUGAGGACCAGAAGGAGGGGGAAGCCGCAGAUAACGAUUCUGCACCCGAAACCAGCCCAGCAGAGAGGACAAGACCAGUCCCUUGCCGAGGCCGCAUCCCUCACAGUGCAAUUCACUUCACUGUAUUGGGUAGAGGAGGAGAGGAGGACGGCUGUGAUGUCCUAUUACAGGACCUUGGUGUGGAGGUCUUCACUCUUGACACAUCGGAGUCAACAGGGAAUGACCGUAUGAAGGAGCUUAUGAGGUUCGAAGCUUUGCGUAGCUACAUCGAGAGGAACGGAAGACCUUAUAAUUUCCUACCAUCCCAGGAGGAAGUGUCAAAAGAGGUGCGCCAGGCGAUGGCUUCUCACGAGAAGGAUCGCCUCGCAGCAGAGGAGGCUGAGGAGAUAAGGAGGAUCUCUGAAGAAAGCGAAGUGGCUAGCAGAGAGGCCGCGAUGGAUGUGAAGAGGGAGGCUGCCAUCGCCAUGUGGAGGGAGGAGGUCUGUGAGAUCAAGAAGAAGCCGCUAAGGGAAUACCUCAUUGAUUAUGUGAUACCAGACUUGACAGAGGGUUUGAUGGAGCUCUGUAAUGUCGAUCCUGACGACCCGAUAGAGUACAUCGCCACCUACCUAGAAGCCAAGGCACUUCACUUCGUUAUGGAAGCGAGAGCCUCUAUGAAAGGUCAACAGCAACCCCCUGGGAAGCCCCCAACUGACGGUCCACUCUCUCGGCUAGAGCGUUUCUUACUCCUCGCACCUAGAGGGGCAGAGGUCCCCGGAUCACAGUCGAGCUCAGGGGCCACUGGACCGAGGAAGGCGUCGUCUAAGGGGGCGGCAGUCUCUACUGUUAAAGAUGCUCGAGCGGUGUGUCUAGGGGAGGAGGAGGUCACUCUGGAGGACCUGGCAGCUGCCGAUACUCUAGCUGAAAAUGUUGAUAGUCCUGAGCUAAUGUGGCGGUACCUAGAACUGCUCUUCCUACCCCAGGAUCGUCGGAUGGCACAGCUUUUAAGGGAGUGGCUCCGGGGGGAAGGUGGCCAAGAGCAGGAAGACAGUGUGGAUGUACUCAUGGAGGAGGAGGAUACUGGUGACCAGUCAUCGCCGAGCCUACCCGAGUUAGCGAGGGCCGAACAGGUCAUGGCACAGUCCACUACGAUCCACUAUAGUUGGGACUGGGCGUUGGAGGAUGCGAUAGCACCAAAGGAAGAGGCCUUAGGGGUCUAUUCAAGAUUAGGGAUAUCCCCACCUAGGGACAUCAAGGAGCUGAAUAAGAGUUUCCCUCGAGUACAGCUGACUGGUCCUGACCACACAUUCGAUGUGCGGGCCACAGACCGACCAAUGCGGACCAGAAAGCAGCCCCUCAGUGAUCCCUUCAGCGCCUACUCGCCGCUGAUGCCCGGGUUCAUGAGCUCCCAAGGGUGUAGUCUACUGCAGCCUCCUCCACCCCUGCCGCCCGAGGGACCAUUACUCCUUCCUGCAUCCUUAUCAGCAUCAUCGUCCUCAUCAUCUGCCGACCCUUCCUCGGUGCUGGGCGGGACGUACAUGCCCCCCGAGUCCGGCCCUACGCUGUUUUCGGAACCUGUCAUCAGAGGUCGCUCUCACAGCCGUGACUCGGGCGACUCCGAACCGUCCAAGAAUUCUCAUAGGGCGCAAGGGAAUCGCUUCAGCAACAUGACUUUCAGGCAGCUUUACGAGGACCUCAAGUCGACCUUCACCUCCAACCGUGAACUUGGCCGCUAUGUUCUGCGCAAUAUAAACGCCAACGUAGAUGCUGAGGAGGAGCGGGGAAAGUCGACUCGUGGCUUCGUGAGAAUACUCUCGGAGGCUGCUGCUAGCCAUGUGAUCAGACUGGAAUACGACCAUUGGAUAGACAGUGUAGAGGAGCUCUUCGCAGCCCCUGAGGAGUGGUCCAGGCAUGAGGGGAAAAUCAUAGUAGUGUUCGACGACUGCAGUAGCAGGAUACGGGCCCGGGCUAUCGAACGCAAUGUGGUCAUACAAUACCUUCGAGAUCGCCAGGAGCGCUUCAUGACGGGCUUUGAUGACAUACAGCAGUUCUCUCUCACGACUAGGACCUUGACAAGCUCAGAGGAGACCGAUGACGCUGAUGAUGAUGUUAGCGUGCCGAGUCGUAGUGGAGAGACCUUGGAGGGCCUUCCGGACCUGCCACAGAUAGGUCCAUUCUGCCACAUUUGCCGUCAGUCAGCGAAGGCCAUCUCUAAUGCUGCUGCCGAGGCAGCGAGGAGAGAGGCAUUAGGACUGCCGCCAACUAGCCUCAUCAACCUCGAUGCUCGACAGAAGUCACGGAUGUCGGUGUGCUCUGGCGUGCUCCAUGAUGCCUUCGAGGGUCGGCCUGGCGUCACCCCUUGCCAUAGACGCUUCUGCCACACAUGCCUUGUCAUGUACAGUCACCAGCUCCCCGUUGAAGGUAAGGCCUGGACAUGUCCAGUAUGCACGAGCUCAUGCACCUGUGAACGUUGUACAAGGGCUGAGUACAUCAAGGAGAUACGCGCCUUCGCUUUAGCAAACCUGGGAACGGGCAGACUGCGGGAUCUCAUCAGUCGCCCUGUUGAUGAGCCCAGGGAGAAAUGGCGACCAGGAUGCCCCAUUCCUUGGUCACAGUUCGUCAAGAUGGCCCCCAAUAGCAGCUUUAUAAUUCAACCUGACGCUGAGGUCUACCGGCAAGCUCUCGAAAUCGAAAGUACGUUUACUAGGAAGGAGUUGCAGCGGGCAGUGAAGGAAAUGAAGGACUACAAUUCGCCAGGGAUGUCCACGAGAGCAGCGCAUCAUCGUCAGCGUCAAAGCGGUCGGUCGCACACUUCCAAAACGGUGGCGGCCUCGCCUCUGGGUACUCCUCGGAGACCGGAGACGCCCCCUUGGGUGGAAGUGCAGACACCUGCUGAUCUCGCCUCAGCCUUCUUGAGGGAACUCGUACCACUAGGAGCUGGCCCUGCGUCCACUGAGAAGUUACUGGUCCUUAGGAAAGCUGUGGAACGGUUACGAGAAGUGCAGAAGUUACGGCUGGCCGCCGCGGAGAUGCUGAGCGAACGAGAGGGCACUCUGGCCACCUCCCUAGAGGGGUCGGGUCCUCAGGUUCUGGCUCGGUCUUUGCUUCAACCGUUGCCUGAGUGGAUCCCCACUGACGAUUUGUGCAUCAAGGAUGACGACUUGGCCGAUGAGUUCAUCAUGGCCCUCCAGCGAGUUUUGCCCGAGAAACGGCUGCAUCAUCAAGUGAUGGUAGACGACAGUGACACUGAGAUAGAAGGCCGACCUCCACCUGAGGCCUCGCAUGCUCGCAAUACUGUCAAAUGGCGGCGUUUGGCUCGUAGACGUGGUAUUCGAAAGCCUCGUAGUGUAACAUUGCACCCUGGGCGUGUACGUACAAGGACAGCUGGUGAUGUUACUGAUACAGAGUCGAUGCCACCACAUGCACGUAGAGGGAAGAAGAAAGUCUUUGAUGCUACUGCUGCCUGUGGAUAUCCUGUUGCUAAGCGUGAUCGGAUACCAGCUGCUGUCCAUUACCAAGUUAUGGAUUUCGUAUAGUAUUCGUAGUGCAAGCGAUAUCUUCCAUCAUCGACUUAAUAAUGGUACUACGACAUUUGAAGCUUAUGCUGUAGCAUUGUAUAUUACGUUGG